CCGUUAUAUACAGUCGGCCGUAUACAAUCGCAUAAUCACGUCGCAGCGGCUGCCCAAUCGUCGCCGGUCAUUAUACGCGUUAUAGCCACAGCACACGGAUUCCCCCCGCCCGACGAGCGGGGCUAACGAUCGGGCGAGACCUAUUAAAGGGCCAGUGGGUCCCGAGUAGACGUCACUCGACGACGAGCAGCGCUACUAGACUUUUGGUCGAGAGACAGAAAAAAAGGAGUAGGAGAGAACAAGCUUAUCGUCACAAUGGCUGCGAGAAACCUUAUCGUCGUCUGUCUGCUGAUGUGCCUGGCGGCUUCUACUCUGGCGCAGGACAUCUCGCUACUGCUGCAGAACAGGGAGCUGGUCAACAGGGAGAUCGGAUGUGUGCUGCAGCGCAACCCCUGCGAUAUCAUCGGCAAGCAGAUCAAGGCACUACUGCCGGAAGCCCUGUACAACGGCUGCGGUAGGUGCACAGCGCAACAGGCGAACAACGCCAAGAAGCUGAUGGCGUUCAUGCGACAGAACUACCCGAACGAGUGGCGCUCGAUCCAGCAGAUGUAUGGCAAACCCAGAGCCGUCUUCUAGACCAUAGUCGACCACCAGGAAUAUAACAAUAAUAUGUAUAAUGAUAAGGAAAAGGCAUAAGCGUCACACUCAGCGCGGAGAAAGCGCCGCUGUCCGAUCUGCGCCGCGAGUAUUGUUAUUCCAUGUAUACGUGUCAAAACACGCGCACUUUUGCGCUAGGACGAGCUGAGCUUUCCUAUAUCGCUGAUGUAUGAUAACGCAGGACGCGAGACACGCGGGGCUAUUUGCGAGAUGACGAGAUGAUCGCGCGACCUCUCAUACGUCUGUUGUUGUGCGACGUGCCGUUGUUAUUAUUCUUGGAUCUAUUAUCACUUUCUAUAUCACGAUUGUUCUCUUUUUAUUCAAAUUUGAUAUUUUGUUUUCUGUAUACGUGUGUCUAUAUAUAACGAUCGAGUAUAAUUUAUGAGAUAUGCAUCGCUUUGACAGGAUGAUAUAGAGAGAUGUUUAUGCGCAUGCAUGCAUGUAUGCGUUUGACGAAAUGUAACAGAGUGUGUAAUAAGGAUGUUUAAUUGUUUAAUUGUGUUAUUAUUAAAGCUGCAUGCAAAGAUUCGUUAUUUAUGUAAUUUAUUGUUGUUCGACUCGCGAGUCUUGCGUAGAACAAGAAAUCGACAAUUCAGCUUUGUGAUAUACACGUCUCUCGCCGUGCCCACUCAAUUUGUUUUUGAAUAUUGAUAUCGACGAUAUAAAAUAUAUAAUAAAUGAUUAUAAGCAUGAA